GGAGGGCAGGUCCCUAAAGUCCUGUGCACAUAACGGGCAGCGCGCACUCCGGGGCGGUUUCUCCAGAGCGCCAGCUGGUUCCAACGCUCACGGGGAGCCCGGAGCACCCCGCAAGCUGAGUGCAGGACGCAUCCCCAGCACAGCCAUCCCCCGGCCGCUGAAUGAGGCUUCCCGGCGUCCGCUCGCUGCCCGCAGCGCCGCGCCGGAGGUCCGCCCGCUGAGGCGCGGCCGGUGCGCCGGCAGCCUGUGCGCUCACCUGCCAGCCUGCGCGCCAUGGGGCAGCCCGGGAACCGCAGCGUCUUCUUGCUGGCGCCCAACGGCAGCCACGCGCCGGACCAAGAUGGCACGGAGGAACGUAACGAGGCGUGGGUGGUGGGCAUGGGCAUAGUCAUGUCGCUCAUCGUCCUGGCCAUCGUGUUUGGAAACGUGCUGGUCAUCACAGCCAUCGCCAAGUUCGAGCGUCUGCAGACGGUCACCAACUACUUCAUCACCUCCCUGGCCUGUGCUGACCUGGUCAUGGGCCUGGCGGUGGUGCCCUUUGGGGCCAGCCACAUCCUCAUGAAAAUGUGGACCUUUGGCAACUUCUGGUGUGAGUUUUGGACUUCCAUUGACGUGCUGUGCGUCACGGCCAGCAUCGAGACCCUGUGCGUGAUUGCAGUGGAUCGCUACUUUGCUAUCACAUCACCCUUCAAGUACCAGAGCCUGCUGACCAAGAAUAAGGCCCGGGUGGUCAUUUUGAUGGUGUGGAUCGUGUCGGGCCUUACCUCCUUCUUGCCCAUCCAGAUGCACUGGUACCGGGCCACCCACCAGGAAGCCAUCAACUGCUAUGCCAAGGAGACAUGCUGUGACUUCUUCACGAACCAAGCUUAUGCCAUUGCCUCCUCCAUCGUGUCCUUCUACUUACCCCUGGUGGUCAUGGUCUUCGUCUACUCCAGGGUCUUCCAGGUGGCCCAGAGGCAGCUCCAGAAGAUCGACAGAUCUGAGGGCCGUUUCCAUGCCCAAAACCUCAGCCAAGUGGAGCAGGAUGGGCGGAGUGGGCACGGACAUCGCAGGGCCUCCAAGUUCUGCCUGAAGGAACACAAAGCCCUCAAAACUCUGGGCAUCAUCAUGGGCACUUUCACCCUGUGCUGGCUGCCCUUCUUCAUUGUCAACAUAGUGCACGUGAUCCAGGAUAACCUCAUCCCCAAGGAAGUUUACAUCCUCCUAAACUGGGUGGGCUAUGUCAACUCUGCUUUCAAUCCCCUUAUCUACUGCCGGAGCCCGGAUUUCAGGAUUGCCUUCCAGGAGCUUCUCUGCCUGCGCAGGUCUUCCCUGAAGGCCUAUGGGAAUGGCUACUCCAACAACAGUAACAGCAGGACCGACUACACUGGGGAGCACAGUGGAUGUCACCUGGGGCAGGAGAAAGACAGCGAACUGCUGUGUGAGGACCCCCCAGGCACGGAAGGCCUUGCGAACCGUCAAGGUACUGUGCCUAACGAUAGCAUUGAUUCACAAGGGAGGAAUUGUAGUACAAACGACUCACUGCUCUAAGGCAGUUUUUCUACUUUUUAUGAAACCCCCCUCUCCCAACAAAACACUACACAGACUAUUUAACUUGAGUGUAAUACAUUUAGAAUAAAAUUGUAUAGAGAUGUGCAGAAGGGCUGCCUUCUGCCUUUUUUUAUUUUUUUAAGCUGUAAAAAAAGAGAAAGCCUAUUCGAGUGAUUGUUUCUUGUACAGUUGAGUUCCUUUUUUUGCAUGGAACGUGUCUGUUUGUGUCUGAAGGGCUUCAGUCCCAGAGGACCUGGGGCUGCUCUGUUUUGAUGACUUUUCCGUGGAUCUACCUCAUUGGUCAAGUAUUAGGGGUAAUAUAUAUACAUAUAUACUGCUGCUGGUAAUUUGUAUGUGAAGGAGUCUUUCCUUCCCGUACCCUUGCACUGGAGGAUCUUGAGUAUCUCGGACCUUUCAGCUGUGAACACGGACUCGCCCCGCUCCUCUUAUUUGCUCAAACAGGGUGUUGUAGGCAUGGACUUGAGGGGCAGUUUCAGUUGUGUUCCUGAGCAAAGUCUAAAGUUUACAGUAAAUAAAUUGUUUGACCAUGA